AUGUUUCAGGACUCCUCUGCUUGGUUUAGUUCUUCUGUAGACCACACAUAUAUCGAUCUUUGGAGUGGAAGCGUCGAAAGUACGUGUAAUGCCGAUUUACUCCCAGAAUACCUAUUUAGCUGUGAUCCAGAACAACAAGAUACCCUAUGGAUUAUUAAUAAUAUCUCGUAUAUGGUCAUUCAUCCGGAUUGGAUUUUCGACACUAUCUCAGAAAAGGAAAAAAAACCAAUCGAGAAAUAUAUUUUGGAAAAUUAUAAUUUCUCGGAUGAGAUAAUCGAUCAAAAUCAGAUGAACGUCGACAAAAUUGCUUCUUUGGCUUAUAUUGCUGAUAAUAGCAAAUCAAACGAUGAAAUUAAUUCAAACGAGACUACGGACUUGGCAAAUAAUAAUCAAUCCAAUGGCAACAAUUACAUUGUUGCACAUUCUACAACGAUUCCUAAUAAGAUAUAUUUAUUACCACGGAAACGUGCAAGGAAAGUUUCCAAAGGAAAAAAUCAUGCUCAAGACAAUAAUACACAACAAGCUAUGCCAUCACAGAUAAUGAAUAUCCAGAGCGAUGAUUUGCAAACUGAUGAUUUGCAAAUCGACACCGUUUUACCUGAUUCGCGACCAGAUGAUCAAUCUGAGUGGAAUAUUAAAAGUAGAAUAAAUAAGUCUAAAAGAGACCGGCCACGUACACUUCCUGAUUUUAUGACAAAAAAACGUCCAAGGGUGGCUCUUACAAACACGUCGGAAGAUGAUUCGUUCUUUACAGAUGAAGAUAUAAGAAAACGUCAAAGAGUCAAUUAUUUCCAAAAAUCCGCUCGAGCAUCGUCUACAGGCAAAAAAGCACCAUCAAUACACUGUGAAUGUGGCAGAUCAGUCCAACCGACUAUGUCGGUGGAACAGCUAUUAACCAGAAAGUCGAAAAAUCCACCACAUAUUUCAAAAGAGACCAAACCUAUUUCAUCAAUUCGACUUCAACAUAUAUCAGUUAGAUAUUUACUUGAAAAGGUUUCUAAAUACCUUUCGUAUGUAAAAGGAUCAGAUAGUAAUUUAAUGGACAAUGUUUACGAAUUCACACCUGGGCAGAAUGGGUUCUUUGCACAAUCAAAGUCAACAGCAAAUUCUCGAGUAUCUAAUGCAAAUUCUCGUGGUCAAACUCGAGGAAAGUCAUCCAUAAGAAAAUUUAACUUUUAA